UAAACGCGUAGAUCUUCCUCUUUGAUAUAUCUCUCUAUCUGUCCCUCCACUACAUUCGCCGUCUCUCUUAACUCUCACACACUCUCUCUGUCUCGUUCUUGAAAAAAUGGUGAUGCUUGUGGACUGUUCCCAGUGCCGCACCCCCUUACAGCUCCCACACGGAGCAAAAUCCAUACGCUGUGCAGUCUGCCACGCCAUCACUCUCAUCGGAGAACUCCUCAACGCGCCACCUACUCCGCCACCACCUUAUUUUCCACGUCCCGCCACCUACAGCAACAACUACAACUAUUAUGCUCCGCCGCCGGCACCUAUUCCUGCCCCAACGCAGUACACCCACGCUCCACCAAGUCAACCUCCGUCGGCUCAUGGCCACAAAAAGGCCGUCAUCAUCGGGAUCUCGUACAAGAACUCGAAGAAUGAGCUCAAGGGUUGUAUUAAUGAUGCCAAGUGCAUGAAGUUCAUGCUGGUCAACCGCUUCAGGUUCCCUGAAGCCUCCAUUCUUAUGCUUACUGAAGAAGAAACUGAUCGAUACAAAAUUCCGACAAAGCACAACAUUAGGAUGGCAAUGUCUUGGCUUGUACAAGGUUGUCAGCCGGGGGAUUCCCUCGUGUUUCAUUAUUCUGGUCAUGGUUCGCAACAGAGGAACUACACUGGAGACGAGAUUGAUGGCUAUGACGAAACACUUUGUCCUUUGGAUUUCGAAACACAGGGAAUGAUAGUAGAUGAUGAAAUUAAUGCAACUAUCGUUAGGCCUCUUCCUCGUGGAGUCAAACUUCAUGCGAUCAUAGAUUCCUGUCAUAGUGGUACCAUGCUAGAUUUACCAUUUCUUUGUCGAAUGGAGAGAACGGGUAGAUACUCAUGGGAGGAUCAUCGUCCCCGAUCAGGUGCUUGGAAAGGAACUAACGGAGGAGAAGUCAUAUCCUUCAGUGGCUGUGACGAUGAUCAAACUUCUGCAGAUACUGCUGCUCUAUCUAAGGUUACUUCAACAGGUGCAAUGACUUAUGCUUUCAUUCAAGCAAUCGAACGUGGGCAAGGGAAUACAUAUGGAAGUAUUCUAAGUGCAAUGCGAUCUACCAUCCGAAGGACUGAUGAUGAGAUAGGAGGGAGUGUUGUGACAACACUUCUGACAAUGCUCGUGACAGGGGGAAGCGCUGGUAUCGGAAUGACACAGGAACCACAACUUACUGCGAAUGAACCGUUUGAUGUAUAUACAAAGCCGUUUUCGCUAUGAGUUCUGCAUACGAAGGACACGUUUCUUCUGCAACAAGUGAAGUGCCAAUCCAGCUUUUGGCUUCUAAUCUAUUUUGAAGCAUGAAAUAUAUGCAGUUCUUGAUUUUCAUUCCAUUAAUUCGCAAAUUGCAACUUCUGGGUUCAAUUACUUUGAACUUUAUUGUGUUACUACGAAUUGCUAUUGUUGUAUAUUGUAUUGAAAUUUUUCCUUGGACUAAAAGCAUAGUGAAAAUCAAUUUUUGUACAUCCCUGCUACAUGAACAAGUUAAUAGGGGAACAUGUGGCAUUUUUUCAUUUGACAGUCAGGGGAAAAAAAAAAAGAAAAAGAAAAAACCAAACAGGUGUUGCCAGCACGUGUCACCUAACUCUGUAAAAUGCCCAUUGUUCGAGUGGCGGCGGCACCUAUCACCCAACUCUGUAAAAUGCCCAUGUUUGAGUAGCUUUAUUCAUUUUUGUA